AUGGAGCUCCAACACACGACGAGGCGACUGCUGACUGCCGGCGAAGUGCCGUCUUGGUAUGCUCACAACUCGUACAUUCGCACCGGCUAUCGCCCUGUUACCAACUCCGCCAAGCUCUGCUUCGAGAGCCUUGGGCAUGUGCAUAAUGAGACGCUUAAUAUCUACACUCACCUUGUGCCUGCUGGCAUUGCCGUUGUAGGCAAUUAUAGUUUUUAUGUGUACUUUAGCUCUCACUAUCCCGAUGCAUCUUGGAGAGACCAGCUGGUGUUUCAUAUAUACUUGUCGACGUCUAUUAUUUGUUACGGAAUCUCGUCAAUGUAUCACACGUUGCUUUGCCAUUCUGAGACAUGGGCGAGUCUUUGGGCCCGGAUGGAUUACGUUGCCAUCGUUUUCCAGAUCCUGGGGUCGUUUAUUUCGGGCAUUUAUAUAGGCUUUUAUUGUGAGCCCAACCUGCAGAAAUUGUAUUGGACAAUGAUUGGAACGCUGGGGCUUUUAACUGGCAUUGUUGUUGUAAGUCCCGGGCUUCAGAGUGCUAAAUGGCGCAUGCUCCGACUCUCUACCUUUGUUGCCACGGGGUUCUCUGCUUUUGCACCCAUUAUCCAUGCCGCCACCAUCUUUCCAUAUGAUCAACUAGACAAACAAGCUGGCCUUCGCUACUAUUACCUCGAGGGUCUCUCAAUUCUGACAGGUGUUAUGUUUUACGUUACGCAUUUCCCAGAGUCUCGAAUACCCGAGAAAUUCGACAUUUUUGGCGCGUCUCAUCAGAUUUUUCACUCCUUUGUGGUAUUGGGGGGUGUUAUUCACUUUUAUGGCAUUCUAAAUGCCUUCGAUUGGAACUAUAACAACCCUCGUUGUGGUUUAUGA